CGUUAGAUCUGUGCACCCUGCAGAACAUAACCAUGUUUCAUCUCGACGAACUAUUAAAAACCCCUGUCUCCCCUUUUGUCAAAACAAAAUACAACAAAUCAGUGUUGAAUUCUUCCAGACGUUGACUGUUCCCCGCAAAUAUCGUUGUCAAGCCGGGCAAUAACUCCGGAAAUAAAGCCACCAACACCAGAAUCUCCAAUAAUCAAUUGACAAACACUCACUCCCCUGAAUCACGCACUUAACAACAAAGAGAAAGAUUUAAUAAAAAUUAUUCUACACGAAGGACUUGACAAAUGUCAUGUCGUCAGCGAUAUAUAAGAGGUACGAGGCGAAUCCAUGAGACGUGAAGCACACACACAACGCUAUUGGUGCAGUGACUUUGGUAUUCUCCGCAGAAUUCAGUGCUACCAAUGGUCAAAAGUGAAGAUUGAGAAGUGAAAAAAAAAAGAGAGACCCCCUUGGUUGUCACUUGCUGCCCCGUGUACUCCUAACCCCACAGACGAAUUUCCUCGAAAUAAAGUGUCAUCGAGGCCUUCAGUUCAUCGUUAUUUCGUCCGAUAAAUUAUAAACUGGUGGUGUUGAUAAGGGGAUCGCUCUAACCGGCUGGAUAAUUCGUGUAGACUGACCAGAGUCCACGAAUUUCCAGUGGUUCGAGGAAGUAUUUGAGUUUUGUCGGUUUUUGGAGCACAUUCGGCCGCACCCAAGUGAUUUCCUCGUGGUGAUUCAUCGGGGAUAGGUUUUUUCAAGGAUUGAGAUCUCUGGGAGGUUGGUCUUUUUGCUUUUUCGGGGAUCUCGGAGGAAUUAUGACUGAGGUGCAUAAUUUUGGACUUGAUAUCAUCACUUGUCAUGCGUGGAACAAGGACAGGACUGAAGUUGCAGUUUGUCCGAACAGCAAUCAGGUCCACGUGUACAAACGCUCGAGUGCGGGAUGGAAACAGACAGAGGUGCUCGAGGCUCACGAUAUGAAUGUCAUGUGCCUGGAUUGGGCGCCAAAGACCAACAGGAUUGUUACGUGUGGGGCUGAUAAAAAUGCUUAUGUCUGGAAUCAGGAUGAGAAGGGAAAGUGGAUACCUGCCUGGGUCGUACUGAGGAUGACGAGGGCUGCUGUCUGCGUCAAAUGGUCACCACUAGAGAAUAAAUUUGCUGUGGGCUCGGGUGACAGGAUGAUUUCAGUCAGUUACUUCGUGUCAGAAAACAACUGGUGGUUGUCCAAGCACAUAAAACGACCGAUAAGGUCCACUGUAACAGCCAUUGAUUGGCAUCCUGAUAAUAAAGUAUUAGUAUCAGGUUCUUCCGACUACAAAGUCCGGGUUUUUGGUGCUUAUGUUAAGGAUAUGGAAGACGCACCGGGCUCUGGGCCCUGGGGAGCUACGUCCACCCUGGGCACUUUACUGGCGGAAUUCCCAAAUUCUACUAAUGGAGGCGGUUGGGUUCACGCUGUUGCAUUUAGCCCCUGUGGAAACAAAAUCUGCUGGGUCGCUCAUAAUUCCUCGAUCUGCGUUGCCGAUGCGACCAAGGGGAAUGCUGUUAUGAGACUUUAUACUGAGCAUUUACCAUUCUUAAGUUGUGUUUGGGUGGGGCCCAAUUCGAUAGUUGCUGCGGGUCACAGUUGCAUGCCAAUGCUGUACUCACUAGACGCAAAUGGUCAAUUACACUUCGUAUCGAAGUUGGAUAAUUCGCAGAAGAAGGAAGCGGCUGGAAUAUCAGCGAUGAGAAAAUUCCAGUCGUUGGAUCGACAAGCGAGGACUGAGAAUAAUGAUAGGGCACUGGAUAGUAUUCACCAGAAUACAAUUAAUUGCGUGAGGAGAGUGUCUAAUAAUGAGUUCAGUACCAGUGGACUCGAUGGCCAACUCGUUGUUUGGGACUUGAAGUCGCUGGAGAAUUCCAUGAGUGGUCUUAAGAUCGUGUAAAGCCGUUGAUUCUUUUUUAAAUAUCCUAAUAAAAGUGAAAGGUACAUCGACACGAUAAUGUAAAAAUGAAACAAGAUGAAACACAUGUUGAAAAAAUAAAGAUAAUAAAAUAACAGAUGGAA